AUGUCUCCCCUCACCACCGUCCUCCUUCCCCUCCUCCUCUCUACAACCCCCGUCAUAGCCCAACAAGUCUACAUCUCUACGUCCGGACCCUCACCCCGUUCAUCAUGCACAUCAUGUGGCACUACAGCGAGUCCAACAUAUAGAUUCACGGAGUUCUCGUUUACGCAGACGGAGACGUAUCGGACUGCUACGAGUAGGCCGAGUCCGACCGCGAGGGCGACGUAUGCGGAGGGUUAUGAGAAGUUGAGUGGGUUGGUGCCGGGGUUGAGUACGACGACUUGGGGAAGCUGGAAUCCAAAUGCAACUGCUCAAGCAACUGACACAGCAAAUCCAUACGGGAACGCAGCAUGGACUCAACUCUGGGUCGCCGCAAACAUCACCAAUUUCACCGGAACAGGCCUCUACAGCACCACUGUCAGCCCGACACCCCUUCCAACAAGUGAACUCAUUCUGCCUCCAGCGGACUACUUUGGCCCAACAGACUGCUACGACUUUCCACCAGACUUCAUCUUUGGCGCAGCAGGCUCAGCGGCCCAGAUUGAAGGAGCUGUAUUCGAAGCAGGCAAGUCCCCAAGCUUGAUGGAAGUCCUUGCUGGUGAAGGCGACAAUCGAUCGAAUGACCAUGUCACGAAUGAGAAUUAUUACUUGUACAAACAGGACAUUGAGAGAUUAGCUUCUAUGGGAAUUGAGUAUUACAGCUUCUCCAUUGCCUGGACGCGGAUCCUGCCUUUUGCUCUUCCAGGAACACCGGUCAAUGAAGAGGGUAUACAGCAUUAUAGCGACCUGAUCGAUUUUGUGCUGGAGAAAGGUAUGAUUCCGACGGUCACGAUGUUCCAUUUCGACACUCCCUUUCAGUUCUUUGGGGAGGGAAAUACUCCGAAGGAUGAUCCGGCGAUUGGAUAUGUGAAUGGAGGGUAUCAGAACGAGACGUUUGAGGAUGCAUUUGUCAAUUACGGCAAGAUCCUCUUAACGCAUUACAGUGAUAGGGUUCCUAUAUGGUUUACAUUCAACGAGCCACUUCUCUACUGUGACAACGGAGCAAGCGUUGACCACGUCAUAAAAGCACACGCACGUCUUUACCACUUCUAUCAUGAAUCUAUCAAAGGAACCGGAAAGAUGGGCAUCAAAUUUAACGACAACUUCGGCGUGCCUAAAAAUCCUCAGAACGCCUCAGAUGUCAAUGCUACUAAUCACUUCAACGACUUUCAAUUGGCCACCUUCGCCAACCCCAUCUUCCUCGGCAUAGACUACCCAGAAGCCUACAAGAUCACCAUCCCAGAUUUUGUCCCCCUCAGUGCAGACGACCUCGCCUACAUUGGCAAUACAUCUGACUUCCUCGGCAUCGAUCCCUACACCGCAACGGUCGUCUCUCCCCCACCAGGCGGCGUUGAGGCGUGCGCAGCCAACUCCUCUUCCUCCUAUUACCCCUACUGCGUUGUCCAAGAAACCGCCAACAUAUUCGGCUGGAAUAUAGGCUACCGGUCACAAUCCUACGUUUACAUCACGCCCACCUACUUACGCACCUACCUCUUCUACCUAUACAACACCUUCCGCUCUCCCGUCCUAAUCUCCGAAUUCGGGUUCCCUGUCUUCGCGGAAGCGGAAAAGGCAGUUGAAGAUCAAUUGUUCGAUUCUCCGCGCUCGCAGUACUAUCUUUCGUUUAUGAGCGAGGUAUUGAAGAGUAUUUGGGAGGACGGCGUGAAUGUGAUGGGUGCGUUGGCGUGGAGCUUUGCGGAUAAUUGGGAGUUUGGGGAUUAUGGGGCUCAGUUUGGGAUGCAGUAUGUUAAUAGGACGAGUCAGGAGAGGAGGUUUAAGAAGAGCCUUUUUGAUUUGGUGGAUUUUGUUGAGUCGAGGAGGGGGAGUUAG